ACUCAUCCGACAGCCAUGAAAACCAUCUUCGUUGUAGUUACCCUGGUGGCCUUCGCCGCUGCCUCCGCAAUCCCGGAGACCCCCCGUGGUCUCAACGAGGACCUCCAGGACUUCCUGGCGCUGGUCCCGGUGGACAAGUUCGUGGCGUUGGCCCUCGAUUACUUCCAAAACGACAAGGAGGUCCAGCACGCCUUCGAGUACCUGCAGGGUGAGGAGUUCUCCACCAUCUGGGACCAGCUGUUCGCACUGAAGGAGAUCAAGGAACUGCUCAAGUAUCUGCACGAUGCCGGUCUGGACGUGUACAACUGGUUGAACGUCGUCGCGGACGUUUUCGGACUGAACCACGUCAAGCCUGUGCGGGCCGUUCGAAGCAUCAAGACCGGAGGCCUCAGCGGAUUCCUGGACGAAGCCCUGGCCCUGCUGCCUAAGGAGGAAAUUAAGGCCCUGUUCGAGGACAAGCUGAAGACCAGCCCGGAGUUCAAGGCUCUGUACGAGAAGCUGCGUCACGCUGACUUCCAGAAGUUGGUUGACUUCUACAACAACUCCAAGGAGGUCCAAUCGCUGUUCGCCAAGCUGCGUGAGCACGGAAUCGACGUUGACAAGUUCGUGGAACUCGUUGCCGGUUUCUUCGGAUGGGGACAGUUCUGAAUCAAUUCUGUGAAUGCCGAAUGAAGCGGAAUGCAAUUAUGAAAUAAACUUUUCUAUAACGAAUCAAUUUA